AAAUGAUAAUGAUUGUUUACACUUCUAAGAUUUUUUUUUCUCUCAAUUUGAACUAAGAAUGUCUGAAUAUUCAAAAGUAAAAGGAGGCAGAUUAAGAUUGAAAGGUGAUAAAAAAAGGAAACACAAAGUGAAGCAUGAAAAGAAGGAAAAACAAGUUGCAGAAGUUGAACAAUGCUCAAGUGAUACUGCUGAGUAUGGUGAUUGGUGGAGCGUCAGUUGUUUUAAGGAAAUCACUGGUGCCAUUGCAAUCGAAUUCCAACCACAUUGUUACAUCAAAGCUCUGGACAGUGGGCAGUUUGUUCUGGGUGGACCUCAUCCUCCUGGAGAGGGACCGGAUCCCGAAGAAAUCUUGACCGCCGUUCCCAUUUCGGAGACGAAGAUUGCCCUGAAAUCCGGCUACGGCAUGUAUCUGAGAGUCGGAAUGGAUGGCCGAUUGUACGGUCGAUCGUCUGCAAUCGGAUCCAUGGAGCAGUGGGAACCCAUUUUCCAGGAUGGCCAGCUAGCUAUUUUGUCGGCCACAAAUUGUUUCAUAUCCGUUGAUGACGAAACUGCCGAUAUUGUUGCAGUUUCUAAAACAGCUGGAAGCAAGGAAAUGUUAAAGGUGAGAAGUAACACACCAAAAGAAAAGAAUGAUAAAGAUGAUAUACCAGAUGAAGAGAAAGGAUCUACAAAGUCUUGUGAAAUAAAUUAUGUCAAGAAAUUCCAAAGUUUUCAAGACAGGAAGUUGAGAGUCAACGCUGAAGAUAGAACUGUGGUCAAGAAGGCAAGGAUGGAUGGAAAUCUACAUGAAAUUUUGCUAGACAGGAGAUCCAAAAUGAAAUCUGACAAAUUUUGCAAGUGA